AGAAAGAGGGAGAUGUCUCUGGAUGAGUAUGAGAGGCAUUACGCCUCUCUGAACUCAGAUGGAGGUGAAUCGGUCAGCGGCAGAUCUUCGUCAUCAGGCGCUUUUCCAGGAGAAGAGGAGAAAUUGCAUUACAUUCCCAUUCGGGUGCUGGGCAAAGGAGCGUUUGGAGAAGCGACUCUUUACAGACGCACCGAGGAUAAUUCUUUGGUGGUGUGGAAGGAGAUCGACCUGAACUGUCUCUCAGACAAGAAGCGCAGAGAUGUCAUGAAUGAGAUCAGCAUCCUGGCCAUUCUCCAGCAUAACAACAUCAUUGCCUACUUCAAUCACUUCAUGGACAGAAACACGCUGCUGAUUGAGCUGGAGUACUGCAAUGGUGGAAAUCUGUACGACAAAAUCAACCAGCAGAAAGGACAACUCUUCAAAGAGGAGGUGGUGGUGUGGUAUCUAUAUCAGAUCGUCGCUGCGGUCGCUCACAUUCAUAAAGCGGGAAUCCUGCACAGGGACAUCAAAACCUUGAACAUCUUUCUCACCAAAACCAACCUGAUAAAGCUGGGAGAUUAUGGGCUGGCCAAGAAACUGGACUCUCAGUAUUCAAUGGCUGAAACCUGUGUGGGUACCCCGUACUACAUGUCUCCUGAGCUUUGUCAAGGAGUGAAGUAUAACUUCAAAUCUGAUAUCUGGGCCAUGGGAUGCGUCUUAUUCGAGCUUCUGGCCCUCACCAGGACCUUUGAUGCUACGAAUGCUCUGAACCUGUGUGUGAAGAUCGUCCAGGGUAACUGGACCAUGGAGAUCAACUCGGACGUUUAUUCCUCUGAUCUCAUCAAGCUGGUGUACGAGUGUUUAGAUCAGGAUCCAGAGAAGAGGCCCACAGCAGAGGAGAUUCUAGAUCGGCCCGUCAUCUCCUCAGUCAGACCAGAGCUGGAGGAGAGAGUGGCAACCCUCAAUUCAGCCAUCAAGAAACCCAAGUUGAGCACAGUGACGGAGACGUCGAUUGCCGUAGUGACCACGCGCUCGCGGGAGGUGUAUUUCUGGGGCGGGGGGAAGUUUACCCCGCAGAAGCUGGACAUGUUUAAGGGCGGCAGCAUCGCGCAGCACGUGUGCGCCGGAGAGACGCACUUUGCCGUCGUUACUGUAGAGAAAGAGCUGUACACGUGGGCUAGCGUUCAGGGAGGAGCCAAGAUGGUGGGUCAGCUGGGUCACGGCGACCAGGCGUCAUACCGACAGCCGCGGAGAGUGGAGCGUCUCCAGGGUAAAGCCAUCAGGCAGGUGGCCUGUGGGGCCGAUUUCACCGUCUGUGUCACAGAUGAGGAUCAGAUGUACAUGUUCGGGUCGGAUUACUACGGCUGCAUCGGGGUGGAGAACGAGCUGGGCAUGGAGGUUCUGGAGCCGGUUCUCCUGGAGUUCUUCGAGGAGCGGCCGGUGAAGCAGGUGUCAUGUGGAGAUAAUCACGUGGUGGUGUCGACUCACAGCGGAGACAUCUACUCAUGGGGUUGCGGAGAACACGGUCGACUCGCUUUGGACUGUGAGGAUGAUUUCUCCUCUCCGAUGAAAGUGGAGGUUCCCGCAGGAGCCUUUAUUGACUCGGUGUACUGCGGAGCGGACGCGACGUUCCUCCUCACAGAGUCGGGGAAAGUGUUAGCCUGCGGGAACAACGAAAUGAACAAACUGGGUCUGAAUCAGGGCAUCACAGGAAUCAAAAACCACCCGGGAGAGGGUUAUCAGGUUGUGCCGUACACCACCUCACUCACGCUGGUCAAACAACUCUCACGCUUCAAGAUUCAGUUCAUCUCUGCGGGGAAGACUCACACCGCGGCUAUUGAUGAGCGAGGUCGUCUGAUGACCUUCGGCUGUAAUAAAUUCGGCCAGCUGGGUGUGAAAGACUUCAAGAAACAUCAGGGCGUCCAGCUUCUCGUGGGACCAUUCGGGGGGAAGGGGGUCACAAAGGUGUCCUGCGGUGACGGAUUCACUAUCGCCGCCACAGAGGAUAAUCAGAUCUUUGUGUGGGGUAACGCAGGGAACGGCCGGCUCGGGAUGCCCGCGGAUAAAGGCUUCGGCUCAGAGGUGUGUCCUGCUCUUCCUCGUCCCAUCUUUGGCUCUUUACAUCACGUGCCCGACCUGUCGUGUAGAGGUUGGCACACUAUAAUCAUCAUGGAAAAAGUUCUGAACUCCAAAACCAUCCGUUCAAACAGCAGUGGACUGUCUAUUGGAAGCGGUCAGUGCUCGACCUCAUCUAUCGAGCUGGAGACGCACUCGGCCACCGACUCCGAGCUGCGUGAGGGGAUGCUGGGAGGAACCGUGGAGGCCGACUUGGACAACCGGGGUCUGGAGAUGUUCUCAAUGGACAGUAAGACCAACGAGAGCUCCUGCCCCUCAUGGCUGAGGAAGGAGCUGCUGGAUGCCGAAUUCAUCCCCAUACCGGACGAUUCCAGCGACUCCAUCAAUCCGCUGACGUCCGCAUACAGAGAAAGCGCAACGAUGCCCUACGAGGAACUCAACCAGCUGAAAGCAGCGGCAGCCGCCGCCGGCGGGGCGGAUCUCCUGGCGACAGCGUGUGCGGAUGAGGGUCGCGUGAAUGGGACGGAGGGGCAGAACUGCUGCGGGGCGAGCGUCGAGCUGGCAAGCCUCAGAGAAACCGUGAACCGCCAGGACGCCCAGAUUCAGCUGUUACAAAAGCAGUACAACGACCAGCUGAAAGAGAACGAGAGAUUGUGGAACGCCAUUGAGAACCUCAGAGCUCCUGCUCCGCUUCAGGAGAUCAACCAAAAUCACUGUGGACAUGAAGAAGAUCCACAAUAACUCUCUCGGCACCCUUCAGUCACGCUGAGCGUUGUGAAGUAAAGCGUGUUCGUGUGUCCACAGUAUGUUUGAAUGAGUGGAACUGAUGUUGCGUUGCUCCGGCCGGAGAAACUCUUAAAGCCAAACAAGCUUCUGUCAGCCAAAUCACAGAGUGCCUUUUAAUAUCAACCAAAGACUGUUUCACGUCAAGCUGAUGUGUGUUUUAGUGCUGUAUGGCGGGCUGGAUCAGGGGAAAAGGGUGAAUUCAAGCAGAUGUGAAAUGAAACGAACCCUUCAUAAGUGUCAUAACGCUUUUUAAUGUUCUUUCUUCCGUUCAUUCGUCUUUAAUCAUUUUUACAUUGUUUUAACAAGGAUGAAAGGUCUCUUCGAUCAGCAUCAGUAUUAAUGACAGUUUUAAAGUGUUUUUCUGUUACAUUCACAGGUGUCACAUUCACGGGGUUUUCAGCAUACGCACAUGUCACGCUUGUUAGGUUUUCUUCUGUGCAGUUUCACAUGUAGCGUGUUGAAUAUAUAACAUCAUUUUCUGAUUUUUUCUUUCUUUUGAACAAAUGCUUGUCAUUCUUGUGUGUUUUUUGCCAAAUAAGACAUGAAAUAAGUCAAGCAAAAAUGUAUAUUUGCAGCUGCAACCAAAUGAAAACUUCUUUAUGCA